AUGCCCUUCUUCUCGCGCGUCUUCCGGAGCAAGGACUCCAGCGCGGCCAAGAAGCAGGCGAAACCCGCGACCACGACCGACCCGACCCCUGCGAGGCCCAAAUGGACCGACGCCUGGCAGCGCACCGAGGUGGCGCCCGAGGAGGUGGCCGACCUCGUCCGCGGCUGUGCGCAGGAAUUGAAGGCGCGAGCGCUUGACGUCCCCUUCCUCCUCCUUCCCUUCCGCCCAAGCUCCGAUCCCAGCGCCGCCCGCUCCUUCGUCCGCAACUAUUUCAACCAGUCCUUCGAGAAGGGCGCCCCGAUCACCGGAGAUGCCCUAAUGCAGGAGCUGCGGCUGAAUGAGCCGAUGGUCCUUUGCAGUGUCUUGAAAUGGUGCUGGAGCCGCUUGCCCGGUGGUGUCGUGACGUGGGAGGCAUAUGAAUUGUUCAAAGUUGGCGAACAAGAUUCGGAUCUGGCCCGCGACGCCUUCUCUACGUUCAUUCCAAUCAGUGUUGACUCCGACGCCCGCACCAAAAUCAUCAAUGACUUCUUCGAUCUGCUCGCAGCUAUUGCUGCGCACGGCAAGUCCAACGGUCUGGGAGGUCGCAAGCUGUCCCGCUAUGCAGGUUGGUGGGCUUUUGAGCAUACCGACACUGGCGGUGGCUUUGAGGCCUCCUAUAAAAACUGGGCUGCUGCGGCCGAUGCCACCAGCCAUCUUUUCUUCGCCUAUCUACGCUCGCUGACUCCCGAAGUGCCGCGCGGUGUGACUGUCCCUGGUCGAGGCAACCGAAUAUCCCCCGAGACCCCAACACUCCUUCAGGUGACGACUACUAAAGUUGUUAUGAUUGUCGACACUGUCUCACCGACCCCUUUCUCUCUGCUGCGCCGCGCCAAGAACUUUGAAUACCGGGACGAGCACUGGCACCUCCAGGAGUUCUCCAAUUAUGAAGACCCCAUCAAGGCAUUGACCGAUGAGUGUCUGCGUGUGUUGAGAUGUAUUUCUUCGACCAAUGAGUCCAGUGUGUCCACCUCAAAACACUCGACUAGUCUCCGCGAUGCAUCAUGGUCUCGAUUUGAAGAUAUUGGUUUCGGUGGCUCCAUCGAAUCGGAUCCGGAGGAUGAGGAGAACCAGCACCCGACAGGAACCAAGAGUGAACCUGCUGCGAGCCUGAGGACCGCGCCCCAAUCCCAAGGAGGAGAUCUCGGACGUCCCACCACUCCAUCCUGGGCAGACUUUAUGUCCUCUGGGUUCUCUGAGGAAAAUAACCUCAAAGAUCGCGUGGGUCCUUUGCUGCUGCCCCCGGACAAGGUUCUUCCUCCCAUCGCUGCCACCCGUGGCCAGAGUUCGCAGUCGCAUAAGCGGAACUUGGAAAGUGAAUCUUCAUUAGAGCCGGCCGAGCUAGCCAGCAUCAACACGUUGGAUCUGGACGACUCCUUCUGGUGGGUGUGGAUCACCAGUUUGUCUGAUGAUGAGCCUGCCACCCGCAAGGCCGUGUUCGGUCGCUGUGCCCUUCUGGAGACCGUCAUUCGGGAGACCAAGUGGCUGGUUCUGGAGGAGCAGGUCAAGGGUGCCGCUCCCGAGCCUGAGGCUGGCGCGCAAAUCGUCGAGAAAAAGCGCUUCUUCAGCUUCGGCAGUCGCAAGGGUGGAAAGUUGAGCCGCCGUAAGUCGUCGGCGAAGAAGGUCAACUCCAUUGAAGAUUCCUAUAAGCGUCCCAAUAACCAGGCUCCGCAAAGCAAGACCAGCAUCGGGCCUGAUCAGCACAAGCGGAUUCAGGCUGCCGCUGCGGCUCUGCAGAAGAAGAACCGUGAACAGGAGGCCGAAGCCAAGGAUCCUAGCACUGGCACUGGCACUGUGCGGGAAAACUACUCCACCAAGACCAACUCGGUCAUGACCCUUCAGCCGGCUAUCGUUAACGAGGCCUCGUCGGCCUUGAAGUGGACGAAGAACUAUGACAAGAAUGCCUACCGGGCUGCCUACCUCAGUGACGUCCGUGCUGGUACCGGUGCCCACGGUGAAGACAAGGAACCUGCUGAAGAAACCCAAGAGCCGGCAGCAGAGAAGCCCUCGACGCCUUUGGCGGCUCUGCCUCCGACAACAUCCAAGUCGGGACCCCCUCCUCCUCCCAAGGAUACCGCUGCUGUGGUCACACCCCUGCCACCUUCUCCUGAGCCGGCCAAGAAGACUUUUGAGGAGCCAACACUGCAGUUUGAGAAGACCAACUCCAAGACGGUUGUCGUUGAGGAUCCCGUUGAGACCCAGCCGAAGCAGUCUUUCGACGAGUCGAGCAAGAAGCUCAAGAAGAAGACCGGUAACACCGGCGGUUUCAAGGGCAUGUUCGGCACCGGCAAGAAGAAGGGCGAACAACCCCCGAUGAAGAGCACUGGCGCUAAGGAGAUCACUUCUGUGGCUGCUGCCCGCGCUGCCCUUGAAGCCAAGGCCGCGGCCGUCCAGGACUCGACUACCUCUUCUCCCAAGCCUGCGCCUGUGAAGAAGAAGCCUGUUCCUGAGAAGCCUGCAACUCCUGUUACUUCCGUAACUGUUCCCGUGGAGUCCCCAGGCUCGAAGGCUGAGAAGCCAUCGACUCCUCAGCAAGCUCCUGAGUUUCCUGAGCAGGCUCGUGUGGCUUUUUCCCCUGCUGGCAGUGGCGGUCCUCCCCAGACCCGUCACGCCGUUGAGUGUGACGCUAUGUCUCGUGUUGACACCAAUGAGCGCAACGCUGCCGAUCAAGAGUUCUCCAAAUUCGACCAGGGCCCUCUUCUGGACCAGCCUGCCUUCGUCACGGCUGACUCCCCGGUGGAGGCCACUUACGCUGAGACCAAGCUCCCCGAGACUCCGACCAAUGGUCACGAUGAGAAGGACCAGGUCACUUCUCAGGCUGAGCCCGUUGCUGUAGAGGAGAACCGGUGGGCGCAGAUUCGUAAGAAUGCUGCUGAGCGCCAGGCUGCUGCUGCUGCCACUACUACCGAGGAGCCCGAGGCUCGCGUCAGCCAGUCUGACCGAUCUGACGAGGGAGACACCAGUGCUGAAGAGUCCAUUGAAUCACGUGUCGCUCGCAUCAGAGCUCGUGUCGCCGAAUUGACUGGCAGCACCGAGCCCCCUCGCUAA